AUGUUCUCAUUUUCAAAUCCAGCUGCAACCCCGCAGCAGUCUGGUGCUCAACCACAACCGCAUCAGCAGCAGCCUCAAUCUUCCACACCCUUUGGCGGCAACACGGGAGGAUUCAACAACAACCCCUCCUUUUCAACACCGGGCGGAUUCUCUUUUGGCAACAAUGCGCAGCAGCAGACACAACAGCAACAGCCGCAGCAGCUGCAGCAGCAACAAGGAACACCCCAGUCUACCGGCCUUUUUGCUCACAAGCCGCUGUUCGGAACGCCCGGGUCACAGCAGCAACAGCAAAACACAGGAUCGCUCUUCAGCAACAAUGCUACCUCGACUCCCAAUGCGGCUCAUACGGGCCAGCAGCAACAUGCGAACCCAUUCGGAACCCCACAAAACAAUAACUUGUUUGGAGCAGCACAGCAGCAGCAGCAACAACCCCAGCAGUCCACCAACUCUUUUGGUCAAGGCGCGUUCGGCUCGUCCUCCCCUGCUCCCUUUUCGAACCAGCAGCAGCAGCAGCAUCAGCAGCAACAACAACAACAACAUCAACAACAGCCGCAGCAAAAUCAGUCUUUCGGUAGCCCCUUCCACCAACAGAAUACACAGCAACACCACAACACGAUGCAGCACGCUGGCACCCCUCAAUCCUCCCAACAUCAACAGCAGCAACAUCAACAUCAACAGCAAGCCAUCGACCAACAGAGGUUCAUUCUCGAGCAGCAAAGUCAAAACAUGAGCUACAUCCCAGGCUAUCUCAGCCGCACAAAAGUUGUCAAACCAUACAAGCUUCCUGCACGUCAAGCCGAGCCAUUGUCCCCAGAAGCCACACAGGACGCCGAUACGAGCAUUGCAUUUGGCACUCCCGCUUCCAAGUCCGGCAAAGAGGAGAGCACGCCGUCUUCCAAGGGUCAGCCCUCCCCCGUCGGCCGAUUCAGCUCGAGCUUCUUCAACGAGAGGCGAGAUGACGCAUCUUUCAGCCGUGCUGGUUCCGUCGGGCCGGGUACACCAUGGCGAGGUGGAAAGGAGAGCAUCUUUGGUGCUGGUGGCUUGCGUGGUGGACGGCAAUCCGCAACGCCCGCCCCGACCUCUUCGACCGCUACUGGUGCGUCCACUUCACCUGCUCGCAGGACUUCCAUGGACUCUCCGGCUCGCAGCAGCCGCUCCAUCUCGACGCCUCCCGCAGCAUCCGCUCCCUUCGGUGUCACACAGGGCGCCAUGGACCAAGACGAUGACGAUGAUGCGCCACCUCAGGAGCGACUCGAGGACGAGGCUUCCGCUGCUGUCCAGUCGUCGUUCUUAGGCACCUCGUCCGGCACAUCUUACACCAACAACCUCCGUUCUUCUGCCAACGGUGCAGACUCGGCAUCGGCACAGUCCCUUCUUCCUGGUCGCUCCGCUCUUUCGACUGCAUCCAGUCAUGCACUCCAAAGGACAUCUCCUGGACUCGGUGCAGCCUCGGUGAACGACGCAUCUUCUUCCUCUGCUCGUGGCGAUGCAUCAGCAGAGAAGAACACAGCGCUCGGCUCGGCGCAGCGCACAGUGCUCGUGUACGGAUACCCCACGUGGAUGGAGAAAGCGGUGCUCGAGCUCUUUGCCGGCGUCGGCGGUGUUGAACUGAUCGAAGCUAUCGACUUGACCGGCAGUGGUUCAGCACAGGAGCAGGCUACAGCGCAGCCUUCGUCUCCCCCGCUCUCGUGCUGCACCCGUAUCCGGUACGCCGAGUCGUUCCAGGCGCUCCAUGCGCUGCGCCGCAAUGGCGAGGUCGUCGCUGGAGCCUGCAUGGUUGGUGUUCGCUGGGAGGACGAUAACUUCCACCAAGUCGCCCUGACUAAUGGUGUGGAUGCUGUGUUCCGCAUGGACGUGUUCCCCUCGAGCCGCACCGCAGAGACGUACAAGGCGUCGUCCAAGUCGAUCGCUGUGCCUUCGAUCGAUGCUGCCGGCGGUGGUGCGUCGGCGCUCCCCACCGCUAGAUCCAACGCAGCCAGCUCGUCCAGCAGCUUUGCGAGCAAUGGCCCCAACAACCGACACUCGAUCGCCUUCGGUCAAGGUGUUAGUGCCCACUCUGGCCGCAACGACACAGCUGCUUCGACGGGCUCGGGCGCAGCAUCGGGUGGCAACCACACGUCGUACCCUGCCUUUGGUCGCCCUCUGUCCGUGAUCAACGACCCGUCGAUUGCGUUCAAGCAGUCGGCCUCGACGAGCAACUUGAGCGGACUUACAGGCUCGCCGUUCAAAGCCGCCUCGUCGCUUUUUGGUUCGGGUGCCGCGGCGACGUCUAAGCCUGCGACUCCCGCGGCGAGCGGCAACACAGCCAACGCCAAGCCUGCUAACGCCAGUACAAGUAUGCUCGGCAGGAUCACGGACGGCAUCUUUGGCUGGUAG